AUGGCGCCUCCCAAAUCAUGGCUUUCGAUUCCCGAAGACAGUGAUUUCUCACUCGCCAACAUACCAUUUGGAAUUAUUAGAUCCAAGUUUUCAGACGGGCACAGACCAGCAAUACCUAUUGGAAACCACGUUCUGGAUCUUAAAGCAUUUUCAAGCGCGGGUGGAUUUGCAGAACUCACUUCGUUUCCAAAAGAACAUCUUUCAGUCUUCGAUUCAACAACGCUCAAUGAUUUUGCGGCUUUGGGUCAGAAGACUCAUGAAAAUGUUCGCAAAUAUAUUCAAGAUGUGUUUUCCGAAUCAACGUCGCAUCCUGAGAUUUUAAAAGAUAAUUCUGAAUUACAAAAAGCAGCAUUGCUUCCCAAACAUGAGACGAAAAACCUCUUGCCGAUGAAGAUUGGAGAUUACACCGAUUUCUAUGCUGGUUACAAUCAUGCUUUUAAUGCUGGAUGUCUUUUCCGGGAUCCCGAAAAUGCACUCAAGCCUAAUUACACUCAUCUCCCAGUCGGUUACCACGGCCGAGCCUCCUCAGUAGUGGUUUCAGGUACCCCAAUUCAUCGACCCCAGGGUCAAAUUCUCCCUCCAGGCUCCCAAACACCCAUACACGGACCUAGUAAAAAGCUAGAUAUAGAAUUAGAGCUUGGAUGUCUUCUCUGUACUUCGAACCCGAUGGGAACAAGUCUCAAACUUAACGGAGAUGCAGAGGAAGCCAUUUUUGGAUACGUAUUAAUGAACGACUGGUCAUCAAGAGAUAUCCAGCGCUGGGAAUACGUACCACUAGGGCCUUUUAACGGCAAGAAUUUUGGAACGACGAUAAGUCCUUGGGUUGUGCUCCCUGGAGCUUUGGAACCCUAUCGAGUGAAGAAGUUGGAGAAUAAAACAGAAUUACUACCAUAUUUACAAGAGAAGCGGCAAGAUACAGUCUACGACAUCUCCCUCUCAAUCGACCUCACAAUCGGCGGUGAUGAGGACCCUGCAACUACCACAAUAGCAAAAGUAUCGUCCUCAAAUCUGCUCUGGUCAUUUCCACAAAUGAUAGCUCAUCAUACUAUGGGUGGAUGCCCUAUGAAUGUAGGUGAUUUAUUGGGAAGUGGGACUAUCAGCGGGACAUCGAAGAACGAAUUAGGAAGUUUACUUGAAAUGGGAAAGGAUGGCAAGGAGGGUGAGGAACUUAUGUUGGCUGGGAUGAAUACGAGAAAAUGGUUAUUGGAUGGGGAUGUGGCUACCUUUAGGGGCAAGGCGGGUGAGGGUGUUGGCUUUGGAGAAUGUACUGGGAGGGUGGUGGGUACGUCGAAGCAUUAA